AUGAGUUCUUCUGACAAAAGCCAUAGCGGAAGUGGCAGCGACAAGUUCGUCGCCACCUCAGGUGGCAGAAAUAAUCCUAAGCAGAUUCACAUUGCACAUCGUAGGUCUGCCAGCGAGCUGACCAACCUCAUGAUCGAACAGUUCACGCUGCAGAGACAACUUGAGAUUGUACAGGCCCAACAGCAGCAACUAAUUGCACAGCAACAACAAUUGGCGCAACAAUCCGGCCAAUACCCCGCGUCAGGUAUGUCUACAUCAAAUCAGGCACCCAUGGGCACCUCUGGCGGGCCCAUGAACUCGUUUACGCCCCAACCUCCACACCCAACAUACAACAACAAUGCUUCGCCAUCUCCCUACAACCAAGGCAAUAGAAGCAGAUCCCACUCAAGAAAUAGCUCGGGGUACUACAAUAGCAACGAGUUUGCUCCCCCUGCUGGUGGUCACCGUAAGACGGGUUCCCAAUCUGGGGUAUAUGGUCAUAAUAGAAGACACUCGCUAGUUCUUAACGAGGCCAAAAAGGCAGCUGCUGAAGAGCAAGCCAAAAGAGCUACUAGCGGUUCCGGCGUCUCUAUCAAAGUUGACGAUUCUGAGAGUUUAGAUUCUGCUGGAACUUCACAAUCGGACCCUCCUGAACAAUCCGGCUUCAAAUUUCCAGCCUCGCCUGUUGAGACCGCAAAAGGAGCUACGCCUCAGGAUUCGAAAAGCUCAAAUGUUUCUCCACAGAAGUCCUUUCAGUUCCCCUCUAAGCCCAAUGCCAGCAAGGAAAAUCGUGAUGAAUUCACCCCCGUUGGAACUCCCCAUCGAGGUAUAAACACCAAAGACAAAGAUGUCUCUGGCAUAAACGCCAACUGGCGCUCGCAACAGCAAACUUCAUCUCUUGGCGGCUCGUCUCAACAAUCACAACAGCAACAGCAAGUACCUCAACAGCAACAACAACUACCUCAACCGCUCUCUCAGCAACAGCAAUUUUCCUUCCAUAAGAAAAGUCAAUCUCGCGAGCAAUCAUCUUAUGGGGGUUUGGAGCCUCCCGCUGUUUUUCAACCUGGACAUAGAUCACGUAACUCAAAUUUGUCAACCCACAGUUUUGGUUCUAACAACAACGGUGGUAAUCAAAGUGGUCGUAAAUCUUUAUUUGCGCCCUACUUGCCACAAUCCAACAUUCCUGAGCUUAUUGAAGAAGGCAGACUAGUUUGUGGUAUUCUGAGAGUCAACAAGAAAAACAGGUCCGACGCGUGGGUUGCCACCGAUGGGGUACUAGAUGCCGAUGUUUAUAUUUGUGGAUCGAAAGACCGUAAUAGAGCUUUAGAGGGAGAUCUCGUAGCGGUUGAACUUUUGAUGGUGGACGAUGUGUGGGGGUCGAAAAAGGAAAAGGAAGAGAAAAAAAGACGCAAGGAUGCUAGUAGCCAGCAGGACAUUCCGCUAAACAGCAACGAUGAUUAUCACAAUGAUGCGUCCUCACGUACUGUACCCACUUCAAAUUCGUCUUCCUCUCUCAACUCUACUGAAAAGGGUGAUCAAUUAUCACCAUCAAAAUCUAGCAGCGUCAAGAGGAAAGGUUCAUUAAAGCAGCGUCCCACGCAGAAGAAAAAUGAUGAUGUCGAAGUUGAAGGUCAGUCGUUGCUUUUGGUCGAGGAGGAAGAAAUUAGCGACAGCUACAAACCUUUGUAUGCGGGCCAUGUCGUCGCUGUUUUGGAUCGUAUUCCAGGUCAAUUAUUUAGUGGUACUUUGGGCUUGUUGAGACCUUCACAACAGGCCAACAGUGAUGCUAACAAGCCUCACAAACCAAAAAUUGUCUGGUUCAAGCCAACAGACAAGAAAGUUCCUCUGAUUGCCAUUCCAACUGAACAAGCUCCAAAAGAUUUUGUCGAAAAUACGGACAAGUAUUCCAACAAACUUUUUGUUGCAUCCAUCAAGCGUUGGCCCAUCACAUCUUUGCAUCCUUUUGGAACUUUAGUUUCACAAUUAGGUGAGAUUAACGAACCCGAAACGGAAAUAGAUGCUAUACUUAGAGACAACAACUUUUUGUCCGAUGAGUACCUGGAUCCUCAAGAUCGCAGCAGGGAAAGAACAACAUUCCAACCAAAUGCUCUGUCGGAAGAUAAUAUUAAAGCUAGAAAAGUGUUUGAUAACGCAGUUGCCAUCUAUGAAACCAAGUCUCUUUCAGAUUUGGCCCUUCACAUCGAUGCCUUCAAUGACGGCUCUUUCGAAGUGGGAUGUCAUAUUCUCGAUGUUACUGCACAUAUUGAUGAGGGGUCUUCUCUUGAUAGAAGAGCUAGAAAACGGUCGUCAGGUGUUUUCAUACCGCAGAAAGUUGUACACUUAUUACCACUGACUUUGAAUGACGCUUUGACCUUGAAGCAAGGAAGAAGCUCUGCCACAAUAUCGGUGGUAUAUCGUUUCAAUCCAAGAUAUGAACUUAUUUCCACUUGGAUUGGCGAAACCAUCAUAACCCCUUCAUCGUCGAUCACCUUCCAAGAACUAAACGAACAACUUGCAUCUGACUCCCCUUCGUCAUUUGUGUCCACUAUCCAAGAUGUGGCAACGGCUUUUUGCCGGAAGCGAUUGAACUCCCGAUCUAUUAACUUGAAACCAGACUUAUCUUUGCUAGAAAGUCUGGAUGACGAGAAAGUCAAGGUCGACUUGAACAUUUUUCAAGCAAGCGCCGCCACAUCUAUCAUAACUGAAAUUGAACGUCAAGUUAAUAGUACUGUGGCACAAACUAUUUAUCAAAAAUUAGGAGACCUCACAUUUUUGAGAAGACAAUCGAAGCCAAUUGCUACCAAGUUGGAUUCCUUCCAGAAGAAGGUAGCCAAGCUUGGCUAUGAUAUUGAUAUUACAGACUCUCAAACUCUUCUGAGUUCCAUUCUUUCCAUAAACGAUGAAGGUGCUAGAGUUGGUGUCGAAAUUUUGUUAUUCAAGAGUCUUGGACGCGCCAAAUAUUUCGUGGCCGGCAAAGUCGAGCCAGAUCAAUACGAACACUUUGCUCUCAACUUACCUCUGUACACACACUUCACCGCUCCAUUGAGAAGAUAUGCCGACCAUGUUGUUCAUCGUCAAUUGAAAUCUGUUUUGAGUGGAGCUCAAUACAAAGAAAGUGAUGACUCUUUAAAGAUCACUUCCGAAUAUUGUAACUUCAAGAAGGACUGUGCGCAUCAUGCCCAAGAACAAGCAAUUCACCUGCUUUUAUGCAAAACGAUUAAUGACAUGGGAAAUGCAACUGGUCAAAUUUUGACCAUGGCCACAGUCCUGCAAGUCUAUGAGUCUGCGUUUGACGUGCUCAUCCCUGAGUUUGGUAUAGAAAAAAGAGUCCAUGGUGACCAACUGCCAUUAACGAAGGCCGAGUACGACGGUAAUGAGCGUGCUCUUGAGCUGUACUGGCAGGCAGGAGUAGAUAGUGCAACUUUCGUGCCUGCUGAUGAGAAAAAUCCAAAAUCCUACCGCAACUCAAUCAGAAACAAAUUCAAGUCUGCUUCUAACGAAAUAGCGAGUGUUCAAUUCGCUAAAACCCAGGAAGGUCAAGGCCUCUUGACUGACUCCCUAGCCAGACAACUGACCGACCUGCACAUCGAACCGCCUUCUCUAAAGCUCCCAGACGGUGGUGAAGAAUAUGAACCUUUAGAAAGCUUUUUAUCUUCAGUCGUAACACGGAAAGAAAACGAGAACAAUAUUCAGGAAAUCCGGGAGCUGCAACAAGUACCCGUUUUGUUACGGGCUGAAGUCGGCAUGGCUUUGCCUUGCUUGACGGUUCGUGUCCUAAACCCAUUCACUUCAAGAAAGGCUUGA